AUGGUAAACCCCCCAAGAAAAGCGCGUCAUGACGACGACAUCCGCCACAUGUCCAUGCUAAAAGACGGGUGGGAACAAUUUACGUCCCCUGAAGGUCAUUUGUACUAUUAUAACUCCGAUACAAAGGAGAGUAAGUGGGAAUAUCCUUUUAAAGAGAAGAAGGCCGUAUCGUCGAAAUCUAUGUAUGGGUCACAUAAUGACACUACUUGCGUAUUCGAUCAAGAUGACCCUGUCAUGAGGUCCGAGCAUAUUAUUAAUGACAAGAGCAAGAGGAGAAAGAAGAAGAAGAAGAAUGACGAGCAAAAGACCGAGAAAAUUGUUACGAAACCAUCUAACGUCAUGGUUUUAAAGCUUCAAGCGUCACUAGGAGAAAAACUUGGGACUAUUCAGAUAGGUCGACCUCCCAUGUUGAAUCUUCAACGAGACGGCGUGUCGGACAUUACAGGAAGUAGUACAGUCAAGGAAAUAAAGACGUCAUUAAUUGUGUCACUUGAAGAUCAGUACGAGGCUGAAACAGCAGGAAUGAGUGCAGCAGAGCGACUCCGCUUUUUAAGAAGAAAGAGACAAGAAAAUAUGAUGUCUAAGAGGGAAAGUCUUACAGGAGACGAUUUUAUGACAGAGGUGGCUAACAAUAUGAAGAAAAAGGGUGUCAUAGUUAGGAGAAAAGAAGGACAUGAAGACGAUGAAAAGAUAGUGAGUUGGGAAAAGCAGGAGAAGGCGGAAGAAGAACGGAAACGGAAACAGAUGGAAAUGGAACUGGAAGCGAAAAAACAGGAAAUAGAGAGAAAAAAACGUCAAAUUCAGGUCGCUACGGAGAGAGAAGAGCAACGAGAGCAGGAGCAUGCAGAGCAGCUAAAGUUAGAGCGUCGCAAACAGGAACAGGAAAUCGAAAACAGAAAGAAACAGAGGAAUAAGGAAAAAAAGACGGAGAAGCAGGAAGAGGAUGACGAGGUCAGCGACCGAAAUGCUAGUCCGCUGUCUGACUGUCAUAGAGCGAGUGCUUAUGGACAUGUACAAAAUCACUUCAGCGCUGUCGGAAAUUCUGUAUAUCAGGAUGACAAGAAUUUGGAUGUAUCUUUGCCAGAACGCGCGAAGCAUACUCGGAAUAGUCAAAGCCAGGGAAACAAGCAUGGCACCGGUGUAAAUAAGCAGCCGAUGAAGCACGUCAAAAGUGUGGAAGACGACCAUCUUCCAGCGAAUGAUAGGCUAAACGCGAGGACUGGGGUAAAUGCUGAUACUGUACAAGAUGAAAAGCGUGAUGAACGAAGCGUGCAAAAACAACGUAAGAAGGAUAUGCUGGUCGCAUCAACAUUGAGAUCAGAAACAUCAGAAUUUCCACGACCUAAGUCAACGUCUAGUUUGAAUGAGCUAAAUGAGGAUUUUCAGACUUGUUCUACUAGCACCAUCGAUGUUGAUGAGGAUGCAAAAGUGAGCGAGAAGCAACUGCGGCGUGAACGUCGCCGAAUGAAAACAAUGAAAGCAGCACUAGCUGCCCAAAACCUGAAUCAAACCGGCGAUCAAGAUGACGCACAGCCAGCAAAAUCUUCAGAGCCACACACGGACAGCAGAAACGGCCCGACACUUGGAUUUGUCCGCGCUGAUGGCUCUCCUACGAGUGAGCAGCCACUUGCUGGACAGCCACCUCUCAGAGGAGAAAUGAAUGCACCAUAUCCAUACAUGAUGAUGUCACCUCCACCCUCGUCGUGCGGAUAUUACUAUCCGUAUAUGCAACCAUAUUCUAUGCCUUUGCCCUUGUAUCCUCCAGUUAUAGUGCCGCCAGGAUACCAAUCGCUGCCGUCAGCAUACCAAUCGCUGCCGUCAGCAUACCAAUCGCUGCCAUCAGGAUACCAAUCGCUGCCAUCAGGAUACCAAUCGCUGCCGACAGGAUACCAGUCGCUGCCGCCAACUCCUCCACAUUCGACGGACGGGGUGGCAGCGGCUUUGGCGUUAACAACAUACGGUACAGACUUAACGCUAGCAAACGCUUAUGGAUAUGACGUGAAUUUUGGUGGCAUACGAUCUGGUCUAGAAUCAAGCACAUGCGAUUGCUGCAAAGGCACUGGUGUCGGGUUGGUAGAAAAGAAUGGUGUCUGCGCGCACUGCAACCGGCUGCGCCUUGCCUUCAUUGUGGAUUCUGCUCAGAUGCGAUUGAGGUGCUCAGUAUGUGGUGGAUGGGGUUUUCGAUUGCUUCAAGCAAACGGAAUGUGUCAGCAUUGCACUCGGAACACCGCACAAAAGUCGCUACAAAGGCUUUCAGCAGCACGACGUCCGAGUAGUGUUGCAAGUACUAUCGCUGCAGCUCAACCUCGACAGACGUCAGCAGCGACAAAGUUAAGGAAAGAUGGAUUUAACGACAUUGACUGGGACCAGUCCUCGUCGGACGACUCGGACUGGGACGAUUGA